CACGACACCCGUUCUCUCCCCUGGGACUCGCCCUCUCUGAAGGACGAGGCUCCGCAUUGGUUGAGGUGCCUGCGACCAACCAGAGCGAGUUUUGUUCCGACGUCCGAGAUCCUUGCGGCGGGAGCGUGAGCGGCCGAGAUACAUAAUAUGGGCCUCCUCUCAGCUCUGACUCGAGGCUUAGUCCGAGGGGCAGACAGAAUGAGCAAAUGGACAAGCAAGCGUGGCCCCCGCACCUUCUACAAAGGUCGAGGAGCCAAGUUUACGGGCUUCUCCUCCAGUGGGAGGUUUGUAAAGGUGAAAGAAAUGGUGCCGGAGUUUGUGGUUCCAGAUUUGACAGGCUUCAAACUCAAGCCGUAUGUGUCCUAUCGAGCUCCAGCUGGCACAGAUGAGCCUCUGACAGCCAAGCAGCUCUUUAUGGAAGCUGUAGCACCUUCGAUUGAAAAGGACUUUAAAGAAGGAACUUUUGACCCUAAAAACUUGGAAAAGUAUGGCUUUGAGCCCACCCAAGAAGGCAAGCUCUUCCAGCUGUAUCCUAAAAACUAUGUGCAAUAAGAAUAAAGAACCGUCAGCAAGUAA